UUGAUAUUGGCCCAUUAUAGGCCCAAGGACCAACUCUGAAGUAUAAACCAGAAACCCUAAUUACCCCUUCUUUAUACUGACUGUCGCAGAAAGCUAGCGUCGACGGCCGUCGAAUUCGUUCUUAUUGCAGGAAGGUCACCGGAAAACCUCAAGAUGAGUAAAGGCGCGGCUGCGGCGGGUGCCAAGGGUGGGAAGAAGAAGGGUGUGAGUUUCGUGAUCGAUUGCUCGAAACCAGUGGAGGACAAAAUCAUGGAGAUUGCGUCGCUAGAGAAGUUCUUACAGGAAAGAAUAAAGGUUGGUGGCAAGGCCGGAGCUCUAGGAGAUUCCGUUACCAUCACCCGUGAGAAAAACAAGAUAACUGUGACGGCCGACAGCGCAUUUUCCAAAAGGUACCUUAAGUAUUUGACAAAGAAAUAUUUGAAGAAGCACAACGUGAGAGAUUGGCUCCGGGUCAUUGCUUCCAACAAGGAGCGCAAUGUAUACGAGCUCCGCUACUUCAACAUUGCCGAGCAAGAGGGCGAGGAUGAAGAGUAAACGAAAUGGGCAUAGUUUCCUAUUUCAUGUUGCUCUUCCAUUUCAGCAUCUCAACACAAACAAUUUUUUUGUUUUGGUUUUGGUCUUGGAUCUGUUAAAUUUUCAUUUCAGUGAUGGAUUGACAUCUCGAAUGGUUCUUUUAUAAUUGCAUGAGUUGGCCGAAGCAUUUCUCUUUC